AUGGCAGUCCCUCUACCGGCAGCAUUUGCUCAGAUUCCUCGAUACUCUCUGCUAUACCCCCAUCCAUCCCCAAUUCACCCCCUCACGCUUCUAUCCACAUACCUCAACAACAACAACAGCAGUAACAACAAGAACAAAACACCGUAUAUCUCCCUCUACGCCAAACGAGAAGACCACUCAUCUCCACUCGCCUGCGCAGGGAACAAGUACCGCAAGCUCGAAUACAUCAUCCCCGACAUCCGGGCCUCUCACAGCGCUCCCAAUGGACCCCCACCAACCCUCGUCACCGAGGGCGCCAUCCAGAGCAACCACACCGUGCAGGUCGCCGCGGUAGCGAAGCGACUCGGUCUCGAUGCAGUCGUCGUCCUACACAAAGGCACAGGCGGCGGCCUCGCCGCCUCAACCGAUAAAGCCUCGUUCCUGCGCACGGGUAACCCGCAAGUUGUCCGUCUCCUCGGUGCGGAGGUGAGGAUGCUUGAGUCGUCGACUGUCCCCGCAGACGGCGAGGAGGAUCCAAUCCCUAGGAUUCUGGCGGAGAUACGCGCGCAGGGCAAGGCGCCGUAUUGGAUCCCCUCCGGGGCGAGUCUGCAUCCUCUUGGUGGAUUGGGUUAUGCGCGGUGUGCGUUUGAGAUUGCGAUGCAGGAGCAGGCGCAGGGUCUGGAUGGGAGUGGGCGCUUUGAUUAUAUCUUUAUUGCUUGUGGUAGUGGGAGUACAGUGGGCGGUCUGAUCGCCGGGCUUAAGCUGUUGGAGAAGGAGGAAGGUAGAACCGGGUUGAGCAAACCACCUCGCAAGGUCAUUGGGAUACUGACUUCGCCUACCAAGCGUCGGGAGUACCAUGAGGAACGGGUGCUGACGUUUGCGCGUCGCGCAGCUGCUCUUAUUGGGUUGGAUGCCGAAAAGGACAUUUCCGUGGAGGAUGUUCGGCUUGAUGAUCGGUUCGCUGGCACCGCAUAUGGUGUUCUAGACGCACAGACAAGCACGGCGCUGGACAUGAUGGCAAAACGGGAGGCAAUAAUGCUCGAUCCCGUAUACACUUCAAAGGUCGUACGUGGACUCUCGCACUGGGUACAGCAAGGGGAACUGGCAAAACACUGGUCACUUCGUCCGGGAGACCGGGAACGCCCCGACUUCAUGAAAGUGCUUUUCAUCCACACUGGGGGACAGGCCGCGUUAAGCGCCUAUGCAGACAUGGUCGAAUCAUAG